UUCGUGACCGCUCCCAACAGACCAAGAGGAGAUGUUAACUGGUCGCCUGCCAGGUAAAUAUUCAACAGAGGAUGCUAGCGGUGCCCAUGUCUAACACGACAACGGGACAGCAACUCCUGGAUAACUGGGGGAAAGAUGAAACCACAUGCCUUAUCGAGGACGUCAAGUUUUAGGUAUUGGACUGAGAGCCUGUAGCCAUGGAUGGGCAUUCUCCCAAAAGCAAUGAAAGCGCUUUCCCCAGCUUCGUGGACCUGGAUGACUUUCUUACCAAACACAACUCCAACUUCAUCUGGCUCCUUGUUGCCACCAUUCUGUCCUGUGGAUGGAUCAUCUAUUUAACUUAUUACAACUCCCGUAACAUUGGCCUCAUCCUCACCCUCGUCAUCAACCGACUCCACAAGGAUGGCUACAUUCACAUCGGCUCCUUCUCCUUCUCGGUGCUGUCGGGGAAAGUCAUGUUCCGAGACGUGUACUACAUCAACCAGGACAUGUCCAUCAGGAUACAGGAUGGCUUCCUCAUAUUCCGCUGGUGGAAGAUGUACAACCCAAAACAGAAACAGCAUGACCCCAAGGCAGAGACCCGGCUUUACGUGACAGUCAACGGCUUGGAGUUUCACGUCUACAACCGCACCGACCUCUACGCCCGGCUGCAGGAGACCUUCGGACUGGACCCCACACUCAUCACUCCCAAGAAAGAGGACGAGAAGGGGCAAGAGGAUCGAAACAAGACACUGGAGAGCGUGAACAUCAGAGCGGAGAGUCCGGACCACACGUCGUCCUGGCGCUCCCUCAUCCCCGUCAUCAAAGUCAACAUCAGCACCGGUCGCUUGGCGUUCGGGAACCACCACCUGCCCCAGACUCUGUGCGUGAACUUCGAGGACGCCUUCCUGACGUACGCCACCAAGCCUCCGUCCAGCCACCUGGACCAGUUCAUGCACAUCGUCAAAGGCUCGCUGGAGAACGUGCGCGUCAUGCUGGUCCCCAGCCCGCGCUACCUGGGCAUGCAGAACGACGAACCUCCCAGACUGAUGGGCGAAGGCUUCGUGGUCAUGCAGUCCAACGAUGUUGACAUCUACUACUACCAGGACGAACCCGGUCCGGUGCCUGAGGAGCAGGAGGCUGGGGAGGAGGCGGAGACGUGCAGUGAGAGCGAUAAGCUCCAGGACCUGCCGCCAUGCUGGGGUCUGGACAUCGUCUGCGGAAAAGGAACCGACUUCAACUACGGCCCUUGGGCAGAUCGUCAGAGGGACUGUCUGUGGAAGUUCUUCCUGCCGGCUGACUACCAGGCCAUGAAAGUCACAGAGGUCGCCCAGCCGGGGAAACCUAGGCAGAUCCAGGCCUUUGAGCUGCGCAUGAACAUCAUUGCCGACGCUACCAUCGAUCUGCUUUUCACCAAAAACAGGGAGACAAAUGCCAUCCACGUGAAUGUAGGGGCGGGCUCUUACCUUGAAGUCAACAUCCCCAUGACUGUAGGAGAGAAUGGCUACUCCCCGACCAUCAAAGGCCAGCUGCUGCACGUGGACACCACCAGCAGCAUGCAGUACAGGACUCUUCUGGAGGCGGAGAUGCUGGCUUUUCACGUCAUAGCCAGCUACCCUCGGGUAUGGAACAUGCCUCAGUCGUGGCAGUGUGAGAUUGAGGUGUACAAGGCCACGUACCACUUCAUCUACGCCCAGAAAAACUUCUUCACCGAUUUGAUCCAGGACUGGGCGAGCGACAGCGCUCCGGACAUCUACUCCUUUGUGCCCUACUCCUGGAAGUUCAAGGUGCUUUUCCACCAGUUUGAGAUGAUCUGGGCGGCAAAUCAGCACAACUGGGUUGACUGUUCCACCAAGCAGCAGGAGAACGUGUACCUCGCGGCGUGUGGCGAGACGCUCAAUAUAGACUUCACUCUGCCUUUCGUCGAGUUUGUUCCCACCACCUGCAACACCCGCUUCAGCUUGAAGGCGGAAGACACCGACAUGCGACUGUCCCUCCCGGAGUGCCACCCGAGCCGGGACCCCCUGCUCACCCUGUCCAAAGAGUACCAGAACGUCAAGCUGCCCCCGGACAUGUUCACGCCGGGGGAAAACCAAAGCGCCCCCCCUCCCAAACCCACCAAGUCCCGCUGGAGGAACAUCACCCACGCAGAAGCUGGCUGGGUGGACUGCUGGAGCGUGCCCAACUUCUUGCUUAUCAUCGACUACACCUGGCACCCCAUUUAUCCCCAGAAGGCCGAUGAGCAGCUCAAACAGUCGCUGUCCGAGAUGGAGGAGUCGAUGCUGUCGGCUCUGCGUCCCCCGGAGCACGCCAGGGCGCAGCACAACGCCCAGCCGCGCUACACCCCAGCGGCGGCAUCGGCCGCCCACAGCCGGAUGCCCGCGGACCCCUCAGAGCUCCCACCCGACAGGCUCCACGUGGAGAUGGAAAUGUCCCCAGAUUCCCAAAUCAUCCUCUACGGGCCUCUGCUCCGAGCGCUGAUCUCCAUCAAGGAAAACUAUUUCGGCGAGGACGACAUGUACACGGACUUCGAGGAGGCGGUUACCAGCCCCGUGUUGUCCACUUCCACCUCCUCGGGCCUCGGUUGGUCUCCCCUGGUAAUGGAUGGCUCUGACCAGAGAGAAUACGCAAGCAUCCAUCCCCUGGACCUGCGUCCCUGGGACAUCACUGUGCUCAUCAACCUCUACAAGGUCCACGGCCGACUGCCAAUGCACUGCAGCAGCGAGGGUCCCGAGGGUCCAUCCGGCUUCUUGGAGCGGCUCUGUUUCGAGAUGAAAAAAGGUUACAAGGAGACGAUGCUUCAGCUGCUCCUGUCUCCCAUUCACAUCUUCAUCAGCGACAACUACCAGCGUCCCACGGCAGACGGGGUUUUGAGGGACGGCCACCUGAGCCUGUCUGGCCUGCAGAUGAGGGCCCACGCCAUGUUCUCGGCUCAGGGCCUCCCGCCGGGAACUGACACACUGGAGUACGCCUGGCUCAUCGACAUGCAGGCUGGGGGGCUCACCGGCAGGGUCACGUUUCCACAGGUGGCCAGUAUGAUCGAGUGGGGAGAGACUUUCCUUUUCCACGGGGUGUCUCGAGAGUUCCAGCUGGAACAACCCAAGCCCUCCGUCAUCUGCCAACACGGCGUCGACCGCCGCAUCUGCGACGCCAAGCUGAGCUGCCUGCCGGGUCACUGUCGCACAUCGGAGGAGCUGAAGUACACCAUGACCCGACUGGCCAUGGACGGAGUCGACCUUUUUGUGGUGGAGCAGGGCUGCGCUGCCAACAUCAAGACUGCCAUCAUUCAUGUAGCCAACUGCAACCUACACAACCAGGCGGUAGGAGAAGGCAUCAGCGCCGUGGUGCAGGACGUAAACAUCCGGCAGUACAUCGAGCAGCAGCAGCAGCACAGCGAGGCGACCCGGCUGCAGCCGGCCGGACAGGGUCAAGGUCUCGGGCAGCCCGCUCUGCUGCGACGCUCCGUCUGGCUGGAGGCGGGUUCGGUCAACCUGAACCUCAUCACGGCAGACGUCGCCCUGGCCGCUGACCACCCGGCCAAGUGUGACGUCCAGAGGCUCUUUCUGGAGAUGCACGAUGCUCACACCAAAAGACUCUGGUUCCUGUGGCCAGAGGAGGCCGGCAUUCGCAACAAGCGCAGCAGGAACCGCUGUGGCUGCCUCGGAGGCUGCCGGUUCUUCGGCGGCACCAACAUGGGCCUGGACUUCUUCAAGCUGGAGGAGCUGACGCCGUCCUCCUCGUCGGCGUUCUCUUCCUCCAGCACCGACGCCGACAUGUCUUAUGGACAGUCUUUGCUGCAGCCGGGGGAGUGGAUUAUCACCAAGGAAAUGCCCAAAGUGGACGGGCGAGUCGUCGGACUGAAGACGGACACGCACUCGCCCUGCCUCCCUCCCGAGCUGCCCGAGAGACGCGGCCAGCAACACCUCAGUCUCCAGGUGCCCCAGCGCUCCCACAGCUCCGCCUCCUCCUCUGAGGAGAAUAGCACCUGUAGUGCCGCGCUGCCCCUGCUGGCCGGAGAGAGGGACACGCCCUCGCCGAGCACAGAGGACCGCAUGUUCCCCGUGAACGGCAGGAGCCCCGGCGACGCCCAGGGGGAGGUCCCGGAGGUCUCGCCGGUCUCGCCCAACAGCUCCCAGGGCCGCUCCUCGGUGCGCUCGCCGCUCUGCUCGCCCCUCAAGCGCCAGUCCUCGGUGCAGUCCGGCCGGCUGGGCAGCACCAAGAGCCUGUCGGCCGCCGUCUUCGCCGAGAAGCCUCCGCCGGUGCUGUCCGGAGGCGUGCAGUUCAGCGGCGAGGUGUCCCGCAGCGACGAGAACGUCCUGGACUCUCCGCGCCAGCGCAGGAGCUACGGCUCCUUCCCCUUCACGCCGUCGGCCGACUCCAACACCUUCCACCAGUACCGCUCGGCGGACUCCAGCAUGUCGGUGGCCGACAGCGAGGCCUACUUCUCGGCCACCGAGGACUUUGAGCCGAUAAGCAGCGCCGACGAGGGCCCGGGGACGUACCCGGGGCGCAAGAAGAAGAGGCGCCAGCCGAUGCCGCAGCCGCCCGCGUACCACAUGGAGAACUACAGCCGCAGCUCCAUCUACCACAGCGUCGAGGGCCCCCUCACCUACGUUCUCAACGGGGAGCUGAUCACUGAACCUCGGCCCCUGCCCAUGCCCCCCGUGCUGCCCCCGCUGCCGCCCCACCCGCUGCCCAGCCACAUGUCCCAGGCCUCCUUCGUCUCGGCCCUGGCCAUGGAGGAGGAGAGCUCAGUCGAGACGGAGAAGACUGCCGAACCCGGCCCCGUGACCCGCCAGCCCCACGUCAUGGCGUGCUACCAGAGCUACCUCGCCCACUACCAGGUCUCGAAUUGGUCUGUCAAGCAGCCCACCAAUAAGAGGACCUCAAAGUCGUCUCUUCACCGCCCCUUAGAUUUGGACACACCCACCAGCGAGGAGAGCGCCUCCUUUGACCAGCUCUCUGUUCCCAGCUUCAAGGUGAUUAAGCAGGGCCUUUCUGCCAGCUCUCUACUGGACAGAGGUCUUCAGCUGAUCAGUGAAAACAUCAGUACUCCAUACACACCGCUGGAUAAGAGGGCGAUGGAGAACACUGACGAGGACACGACAACGGACGACUGGACUCUGGAGCAGCCGUUAGCUCAGACCAGGACCACUGCCAUUGUGGAGGUGAAGGGAGCCAUAAACGUGGUGCUCACGCCCCUCGUGGCUGAAUCCCUGGACAGGUACAUCGAAUCGAUGGUCCACUUUGCCAGUAUCCGUCAUCCCGCUGCCAUUCUGGAUGACCUGCAUGGAAAAGUCCUCAACGAAGCCUAUCAGAUCAGCAAGUCCACCGUCACCGAGUCCAGCCAAACAGGCAAGCAGGAGCACAAGCUGUCCAAGACGGAGGGCACGACCCCCGGCUCCCUGAACACCACUCAUGGCCAGACCGACCUGUCGGUCAAACCAGACAAUGUGAAAAUCAAGGGCCUCCAAGCCAACGUCUCAAUCCCCAAGGUGAAUCUUUGCCUCCUUCAGGCGUCUGUAGAGGAGGGGUCGCCGUCGUGCUCCACUAAGUGCGUCACACACGUCUCUCUGGUGGCGCUGUGCUUUGACAGGAUCGCCACCCAGUUCAGAAUGAACAGGGGCAUCGUGGAGGAGACGCCAAACACCACGGAACACGGCCGGCCCUCCAUCAUGUUGGAGAAGUACGCCUCGGCCACCAAAAUGCAGCCUCAGUCCUCUGGCUCGCUGCGCUCCAACGCCGGCAUCGAGAAAGGCAAAGAGAUCGCCGCCAGGCUCAACAUACACCGCAUCCACAGCCAGCUGAGAGGCCUCGACUCCACGGACAUCGGCACGUGUGCCAUCACGGCGAUCCCUUUUGAGAAGUCCAAAGUGCUGUUUGGCCUGGAGGAGAUGGAGGAGUUUUCCAUGGUGGACGAAACCGACGCCCACGCCGCAGCGGGAGAUCUGAGCCGCUCGGCGACCUCUCUGGAGAAAUGGGGCUGGAUCAUGUUCGAAUGUGGCAUCGAGAAUCUCACAGUCAAAGGGGGCCGUCAGUCGGGAGCCAUCCUUUACAAUUCAUUCGGCGUGAUGGAGCGCUCGGACGCUGGGGGGAAAGCGGGUAUGUCCAAGUCCAAUGGUUCGACCGGCUCUCAGACGGGCAGCGGCUACAGCACGGACGUCUCCGACGACAACCUGCCCAACGAUACCAUGAGCCCCGCCUCCGAUGCCAAUGAGCACUCCGACUCAGACGACCAGGAUGAAGGAGUGGAGUCAGAUGACCUGAAGAAAGACCUCCCCCUCAUGCCCCCGCCGCCCGACUCCAGCAGCAUGAAGCUGACCAUCAGGGAGAUCUGGUUCAGUUUCGCUGCACCCACUAACGUGCGUUCCCCUUCGCGGGCCAUCUCCAGGCAGUUGAAUCUGCUCAGCACGGCCACACCUGCCAUUGGAGCCUGGCUGGUUCCCAUCGACCAGCUCAAAUCUUCUCUACGCAAACUGGACCUGGAGGGCACACUGCGCGUGUGCGCCGUGAUGGGCUGCAUCAUGACCGAAGCGCUCGAGAAAAAGAGCAUCCACAUCCCCAUCCGGAGCAAGUACAACCGAGUGACCAAACGAGCUCGCUACCUGCAUGAGAAUCCCUCCUGCAUGCUUUGUAACAUCCUCCAUCGCUACCUGCAGCAGGCUGACUACUCUGUCAUCGAGGAGGCCACCAUGAAUGAUGGGGUGCCAGCCCUUGUGACUCUUAAGAAAGGCCUGGUUGCUUUGGCCAGACAGUGGAUGAAAUUUAUAGUGGUAACUCAGGGCUUCAAAGCCAUCGGCCUGAUGAGGCCCAAUCAGCUCGCCAAGCCCAAGGAGCCUCAGCAGAGCCCGGGCGAGACCAUCGUGGGCCUGGACAACGGCGCCGCCCUGCAGAGCGACACCAGCGCCGACGGAGCGGAGUUCGAAUUUGACGCAGCCACAGUGAGUGAACACACCAUGCUGCUGGAGGGAGCCUGCAGUCGACCCCCGCCCAAAGAAGCCAACUCUGGUCCGGUCAGCGGAGUGGAGAUCAUGAGGAAGCUGUCCAAGUCCCACGCGCACAAUGAGUCUGCUCUCAGGAUAAAGGGCUCCCAUCCAUACCAAUCGCUGAGCUACACCAGCGGUGACACGGCCGCCGACUCGCCCGCCCAUGUGUGCCGCGCCGGCCUGCCGUCCAAGGACAGCCCCCGGAAGGAGAGCCUCCUGAGCAACCUGACGGGCAGCUUUCGCAGCCUGCACAACCUGCUGGAGGGCAUGCCCCAGAGGAGCGAGCCAUCUGCCGCCGCCGCCGCUGCCGCCGCCAAGAGCGGGUCCCUAACCCGCACAGGAAACAGUUUGGGCACCGACAUGCUGACCGAGCACCCGCUGCUGUCUGAGCCGUCCUCGGUCAGCUUCUACAACUGGAUGUCCAAUGCUGUGGGCAACCGGACGGGGGCUCUAACCCAGGACUCCCCCGCCAAUCGGUCCCAGCACAACAGCCUGCAGACGGGUGGCCCGUGCAACCUGCCCACCAUCCCUUCGGCGUCAGACUUCAACGCGGUGCUGUCCAGCGACCAGAACACCCUGGAUGGGACCCACUCCCAGCACUCCCAGCAUAGCACCAGCCAGGACGAAAUGGCCUACAUCGAGGAGAGCAACCAGUGCCCGGCCGCGGUCCAGCUGGCCGACGCUCAGGUCGUUUUCAAGCCUUUGCUGAGCUACACGGGCAUCCAGGCCCAAGACACCACUCCGCUCAGUUACAAGAUGUAUUUCGGAGAGCACCUGUCGUUUUCGGGCAACCUGGAGUGUCUCCGGGCCGACAUCGUUGACUCCGACACCUCCAAAGAGCGGAAAAACAAGAGAUCCAGGAGACAAGGCAUGGUGAACCUCCCUCCGCUGGAGUUCAAGCCGGCGCUGCUGAUCGAGACGUUCAGCCUGAACGCCGUGGUGAUGGAGAAGUCGGCCAGCGCCCUGCAGGGCCCCACCGCCGCCCCGCUGUCCUUCCACGACCUCAACCGCCGCCACUACAACACGUUCCACUGCGACUUCACCACGGCCUGUCAGUCCAUCAGCCAGCGCGUGGACAUGGCCCUGGUGCGCCUCAUCCACCAGUUCAGCACCAUGAUCGACGACAUCAAGGCCACGCAGACGGACAUCAAGCUGAGCCGCUACACCGCCGGCUCGGCCUCGCCGACGCCCACCUUCAAGGCGCGGCCGUACCGCCACUUCAGGUCCUCCGACUUCAGCCGCAGCUCCCGGGGCAGCGUGAACGGGGCCGGGCGCAGCGGGACCCAAACCCUGAAGAGCAAGCGAGGGGUGGGUGGAGGAGGAGGAGGAGGAGGAGGGGGAGGGGGAGGAGCGGGCGCGGCCGGGGGCUUGCCGGCAAACGGGCCUCCGUCGGGCAUGGACACGCUGGGGAGACGGGAGCCCCGAGGACGCACCUCCCUCGGCCGCUCAGAGCGACGAACCUCAAAGGUGUCGAGGAAGGGCUCCCGCGACGUGGCGGACCACAUGGCCAUCCAGAUGGACGACUCGGACUCCAUCACGGUGUCGGAGCAGAGCGAGCCGUCGGCAGAAUGCUGGCAAAACAUGUACAAGCUGCUCAACUUCUACUCGCUCAUCUCCGAUCCCACCGGCAUCCUGGAGAAAAGCUCCCCGGAGAACUGCCUCUCAGAAGGCGGGCGUCGGCCCUCUGAGCCGUUCUGUAAAGUGAUCUUCGAGAACGAGCAGCAGGACCCCGCCACGCCAAACAAGCCGCCCGGCGCGGGGGGGCGGCGGCGCAGCCUGGUGAGCUCGGAGCCCCAACACGUCACGCUCAUAGUGUUCGGCAUCGGCAUGGUGAACCGCACCCACCUGGAGGCCGACAUCGGCGGGCUGACGAUGGAGGCGGAGCUGAAGAAGAUCCACGGAAGUUUCACCCUGAAGGAGAAGAUGAAAGAUAUCCUGCACCAGAAGAUGACUGAGACGUGUGCAUCCGCUCACAUUGGAGGGGUCAACAUCGUUCUCCUGGAGGGCAUAACUCCUGACAUCCAACUGGAGGAUUUCCCAACAUCUCCCACCAGCACAGCUAAACAAGAGUUUCUGACGGUGGUCAAGUGCAACAUCGCCAAGUCCCAGGCCUUGUACAGCGCCCAGCGCGGCCUGAGGACCAACAACGCGGCCGUCUUCAAGGUGGGGGCCAUCAUGAUCAACAUCCCCCAACACCCGGCCACGCUGCACAGCAUGAUGGUCCGCAGCUCGCACCAGCUCUCCAAACAGAUCUCUGACCUCAUCCGCCAGCCCUCCAACGUUCAACCUCCCAACCGCGAAGACACCCCGACCCCGCAUCCCUCGGACCGAGCGUCCAGCAUCAAUCAGACCCCCGUGGAGGCCAACGAGUUCCCUCAGCUCCCCGAAGGCCUGGAGAAGAAGCCCAUCGUCCUCAAGUUCAGCGCAAUGAUAGACGGCAUCACCAUCGGCGCCGCCCUGCUGCCCUCGCUGAAGGCGGAGUACAAGAUGGGUUGCAUGAAGAGCCACGGCAUGACAGGGGCGCAAACCAGUUUCACCUUCGAGCUGCCAAACCACAAGCUUUGCUUCCAGUCCAAAGUGUCCCCGGUGGACAUGUCCACCAUGCCGCCGUCAGCCAGCCUCACCCUGCCGCCGGUCACCAUGUCGGGAGAGUACAUCAUGGAGGACCACGACAGCCACUCGGACCAGGGCUGGGCGCCUGACGACUUCCCGGCAAAGCAAGGGAACUACCUCCAGGGCAACUACCUGCGCUGCGUGGCUGAGAUCGGUUCUUUUGAGCACAACCUGACCACAGACCUGCUCAACCACCUUGUCUUCCUGCAGAAGGUUUUCAUGAAGGAGGUCAACGAGGUCAUCCAGAAGGUCUCAGGAGGAGAGCAGCCCAUCCCGCUGUGGAACGAGCCCGACACCUCGGCCGACGCGGAGAAGCCCAAAAUCCUGCUUUACUCUCUCAGCCUCAUGUUCAAGGGAAUCCAGAUGACCGCCACCACUCCUUCCAUGCGAGCUGUGCGCUUUGAGACGGGCCUCAUCGAGCUGGAGCUCUCCAACAGGAUCCAGUGCAAGGCUCAGCCCGGCGGCAGCAGCAGCUACCUCAAGCUGUUUGGCAAAUGUCAAGUAGAUCUCCACCUGGCUCUCGGACAGAUCGUCAAGCACCAGGUGUACGAAGAGGCCGGCUCGGACUUCCACCAGGUGGCGUACUUCCGCACGCGGAUCGGCCUGCGCAACGCCCUGCAGGAGGAGAUCAGCGGCUCCUCGGACAAGGAGGCCGUGCUCAUCACGCUCAACAGGCCCAUCGUCUUCGCCCAGCCGGUGGCAUUUGACAGAGCUGUGCUCUUCUGGCUGAAUUACAAGGCGGCGUACGACAACUGGAACGAGCAGCGCUUGGCCCUCAACAAGGACAUCCACAUGGCCACCAAAGAGGUGGUGGACAAGCUGCCGGGCAUCCAACAGACCUCCGCCCAGGCCUUCAGCACCCUCUUCCUGCAGCUGACCGUGCACGACCUGGGCAUCUGCCUACCCAUCACCAACACGUCCCAGAGAGGACAAGCACCAGCUACGGAGGGCAUCAACUCUGAAGCUGGGGCCGGCUCAUCAAUAGGCCGGCAAAAAAAUGCACGAAAAGCCAACCACAGCAUCGACUAUGACACCGGCUCGGCGAUGGUCCUGACCAUCGAGAGCACGCUGAUCACCGCCUGCUCCUCGGAGUCCCUGGUGAGCAAAGGCCACUUCAAGAACUUCUGCCUGCGCUUCGCCGAGGGCUUCGAGACCUCGUGGGACGACUGGAAGCCUGAAAUCCGAGGGGACACGGUCAUGAACGCUUGUGUAGUCCCUGACGGUACGUAUGAAGUGUGUUCCAGGACUACGGGGCAGCCUUCUGCAGAGAGCAGCAGUGCCGGCACCUGGACUCUGAACGUCCUUUGGAAGAUGUGUGGCAUCGACGUGCACAUGGAUCCCAACAUCGGCAAGCGGCUCAACGCGCUGGGGAACACGCUCACGUCCCUGACGGGCGAGGAGGACGUGGACGACAUCGCCGACUUGAACUCUGUGAACAUGGCGGACCUUUCAGAUGAGGACGAAGCCGGCUCCAUGUCGCCCACCAGCCACAUGAGUCCAGGGAGCCAGUUCAGCCCUCGGCUGACCCUGAGGAAGCGUCUGGUAAACCACAUCCUGGGCCUCAGCCCCCGGCCUCAGAGCGUGUCUCACCCAGCCGACUACUUAAACUGUGCAUCGCCCCGCCUGCGGGCGGGCAGUGCCAGGGCCCAAAGACCCCUCUCCUGGGCUUGUGAGUCCAUCGACCCCAGGAAGCAGGCGGCGAUGGGAAGCCAAACGGUCGACGCCCGUGGGAGAAAGUUCACCAAGAGGGUGGUGGACAUCAGGGAGCUGAACGAGCAGGCCAAGGUCAUCGACGACCUCAAGAAGUUGGGGGCGAGCGAAGGCACCAUCAACCAGGAGAUCCAACGCUACCAGCAGAUGGAGUCCGUGGCCGUCAACGACAUCCGGAGGGACGUCAGAAAGAAGCUGCGUCGCUCCAGCAUGCGGGCGGCCUCUCUGAAGGACAAGUGGGGACUCGGCUACAAGCCGAGCUCCAACCGCUCCAAAAGCAUCUCUGCGGCUGCAGGCCGACCGCCUCCAAAGCGCAUGGACAGACAGAGUUCCAGAAUAGGCGACGUGGACGGUCUACCCGAUAUGCGAGUGGAUGCCGCCUCGCCAGGACCUCGGGUCACCUUCAACAUCCAGGACACGAUAAAUAAUCAGGCUUUGGACGCAGCUCAUGCACCUCCGAGUCCAGGAGAGGUUUUCAAGUUUCCCGAGGAGUCCGAGGUGGACCUGUUGUUGUCAGUCAGGAUCGACGAGCCAUCCCAUCCCCUCCAUCAUCACCUUCAUGCUUCGUCCGUUAUUGAGGGCCAGGGCUCGGUUUUCAGUGCCCCCUGCACCCCCGCUGUCUUCUCACCCGCACUUCCCUUCCAGCACGACGACAUGAGGCGCGACGACCUGUCCUCCUCCUCCUCCGAAGACUCCGAAAAGGAGGACGAGUUUGAACGGGAGAGACAGCCGAGCUACCGAAGGCCCAUCCAACCGUCUCACAGGAAGCCGUCUGGCUUUUCUGCUGUGAGUCAGCUGUUCAGCGAGCGCUGGCCGAGCGCGGCCGCCAACCGCAGCUUCGGCGCCCCGGCGACCGAAAGAAACAUCGACUUUGAGCUGGAUGUCCGCGUGGAGAUCGACAGCGGCAAGUGUGUCCUUCACCCGACCACUCAGCAACCAGAGCACGAGGACGUUUCCCUCAAGAAGAGCUGUGAGCGCAGCCUCAAAAGUCUGGACCAGGAGUCUCCUCCCAAGAAGAAGAAGCUGCAGUCCAACUACAGCUCCACCACCCAUCUGCUCGCCGGCAAGAAAUGUACCCCCUCCCUGCAGACCAAGUCCAACGACACGGAGACCACUGUAUUCUACAUUCCGGGAGUGGACGUCAAGCUGCACUACAACUCCAAGGUGCUGAAGACCGAGUCGCCCAACGCCUCGCGAGGGUCCUCCCUCCCCCGCACGCUCUCCAAAGAGUCGAAGCUGUAUGGUAUGAAAGAUAGCGGCCCUCCCAAUGCGGUCGAAAGCAAGACUAACUCGCUCCUACCUCCCCCACCCCCACCUAUUCCAUCAGCCAAAGGUAAAGGCAGUGGCGGGGUGAAGACGGCCAAGCUGUACGCCUGGGUGGCCCUCCAGACUCUGCCGGAGGAAAUGGUCAUCAGCCCCUGCCUGCUGGACUUCCUGGAGAAAGCGCUGGAGACGAUUCCCAUCACUCCCGUGGAGCGGGGAUACUCAGCGGUGGCGUCCCAGGAGGAGGACAUGGGUCAGUUUGACGCGGUGGAGCAGCUGGAGGAAUCCACCACCUCGCUGGUGUCCUCUUCCACGUCGGCCUACUCCUCCUUCCCCGUGGAUGUGGUCGUCUACGUCAGAGUCCAGCCUUCUCAGAUCCGCUUCAGCUGCCUGCCCAUGUCCCGGGUGGAGUGCAUGCUCAAGCUGCCCUCCUUAGACCUGGUCUUCUCCUCCAACCGGGGAGAGCUGGAGACACCGACAGGAGCCCACCCCGCCGAGGGAUCCCCCCACCCGUCCUCCACCCCCCCAGGGCAACAUAUUCCCAAAGCGCCUCCCAGCAAAACGUCCCCCUUGUUGGGGAGCCCUCUGGGCAGGAGCCGCCACAGCAGCAGCCAGUCCGACCUGACGGGGCCCCCCAGUAACUCCUCGGGCCUCAGCUUCACCGCCUGCAUGUCUGACUUCUCCCUCUACGUCUUCCACCCCUACGGCGCCGGGAAGCAGAAAUCUGCCGUCACGGGCCUGCCGCCGGGCCAAGGGCCGUUGGGUACAGUAGACGAGGAGCCUUCUUCAGUAACGGGAAGGAAAGACUCUCUGAGCAUCAACCUGGAGUUUGUGAAGGUCAGCUUGUCCCGGAUUCGGCGCACUGGAGGCCCCACCUUCAUCGAAAGCUUCAUUCCUGCCAAAGGUGGCAAGAUGGACACGACCCUUAUCAACAUCUCAGCUGUGUGCGACAUCGGCUCGGCUUCCUUCAAGUACGACAUGAGGCGGCUGAGCGAGAUCCUGGCCUUCCCGAGGGCCUGGUACCGCCGCAGCAUCGCCAGGCGCCUCUUCCUGGGAGACCAGACCAUCAACCUGCCGGCCUCCGGCCCCGCCACCCCGGACUCGGCGGAGAACGUCGCCCAGCACCUGUCCCCCGAGUCCAGCCGCAAAGCCUACUGGAGGACGUGGGACGGCGGCAGCACGGCUCAGCACAUCCCCCAAUCGCCCAACGUCUUCUCGGAGCACUGCACCGGGAGCAACAUGUCCCCGGGCGGCGCGGGCCACCUCAAGUCCCCCGCGCCGGGACGCACCAGGAGCGUGUCGGACUCCUCCGCUCCGAGGAGAGACUCCGUGACGAAGACGUCCACCCCCUCCUUCAGUAAGAACGGGAAGGCGGCGGGUCCGCAGGGGGCGCCGUGGGAGACGCUGGUGGUGUUCGCCAUCAACUUGAAGCAGCUCACCGUCCAAAUGAACAUGAGCAACGUCAUGGGAAACAACACCUGGACCACCAGCGGGCUGAAGAGUCAGGGCCGGCUCUCCGUCGGCAGCAACCGCGACCGAGAGAUCAGCAUGUCCGUCGGCCUCGGUCGCUCCAAGCUGGACUCCAAGGGCGGGGUGGUGGGCGGCAACAUCGACGUGAACACCCUGGAGAUGGUCUCCCACAUCUCCGAGCACCCCAACCAGCAGCCCAGCCACAAGAUCCAGAUCACCAUGGGGUCGACGGAGGCGCGAGUGGACUACAUGGGCUCCAGCAUCCUGAUGGGAGUUUUCAGCAACGCCGACCUGCAGCUCCAAGACGAGUGGAAGGUCAACCUGUGCACCGUCGACACCAGCCUGUCGGAGAAAAGUGAGAUCUUUGUCCACGGAGACCUGCAGUGGGACAUUUUCCAGGUGAUCAUUUCACGCUCCACCACGCCGGACCUCAUCAAGAUCGGCAUGAAGCUGCAGGAGUUCUUCACUCAGCAGUUCGACACCAGCAAGCGGGCCCUCUCCACCUGGGGCCCCGGGCCCUACCUGCCCCCCAAGACCCCCGUCAUCAACGCUGAGAAGGGCUCCGCAGAGCUGUACAUGGACGCGGCGCAUCACCGCCACUGGCCCGGCGUGCUGAAGGUCAUCGCCGGCUGCCACAUCUCCCUCUUCCAGAUGCCCCUGCCCGAGGACGCCGUGCAGCUGGGCGGCUCCAUGAGCCUCCACGGCAACCACAUGACGCUGGCGUGCUUCCACGGGCCCAACUUCCGCUCCAAGUCGUGGGCUCUGUUCCACCUGGAAGAGCCCAACAUCGCCUUCUGGACGGAGGCGCAGAAGAUCUGGGAGGACGGCUCCAAAGACGAUUCCACCUACAUUGUUCAGACACUGGACUUCCAUCUCGGCCACAACACCAUGGUGACCAAACCCUGCGGCGCGCUCGAAAGUCCCAUGGCCACCAUAACCAAAAUAACCCGGCGGCGCCACGAAAACCCGCCGCAUGGCGUCGCCACGGUCAAAGAGUGGUUCAACUACGUCACUGCCAUGAGGAGUGAAGAGCUGAACCUGCUGCGGAACGUGGAAGCCAACAACCAGGAGAGCGGAGCGGCCGCCAAGAGCGCCAGCCUGCUCAGCAGCUUCCGCAGCUCCUCCAGCUACAACCACGAGACGGAGACCAUCUUCGCUCUGCCCAGGAUGCAGCUGGACUUCAAGUCCAUCCACCUGCAAGACCCCGACGAACCCUCUCUAACAGACUCGGACAGCAAACCCAAGGUGGAGUGCAGCGUGGUGACGGAGUUCACGGACCACAUCUGCGUCACCAUGGACGCCGAGCUCAUCAUGUUCCUCCACGACCUGGUGUCCGCCUACCUGAAGGAGAAGGAGAAAGCCCUCUUCGCUCCGCGGAUAUUCGCGGCGCGGCCCGGCCAGAAGAGCCCGACGGCGCUGCACGACGAGAGCGGCGAGGACAAGGACGAGGGCAUCAACUACACCACGGUGGACUGGAGGGAGUUCAUGUGCAACACCUGGCACCUGGAGCCCACCCUCAGGCUCAUCUCCUGGACGGGGCGCAAGAUCGACCCGGUGGGCGUGGACUACAUCCUGCAAAAGCUGGGCUUCCACCACGCCCGCACCACCAUUCCCAAGUGGCUGCAGAGGGGCGUGAUGGACCCGCUGGACAAGGUGCUGUCGGUGCUCAUCAAGAAGCUCGGCACCGCCCUGCAGGACGAGAAGGACAAGAGGGGCCGGGACAAAGAGGACCACUGAGGACCACCGCUGUGAUCAAAAACUGUGCACGCACCCCCCCCCUCCCCCCACACACACACACACACACACACACACAAACACACAGGUCACCGCCACUGGACCACGACGGGCCACUACUGUGCGACACACUGGUCAAACGUCUCCGUCUCCGCCCGCUCCAGCUGUGAGUCUCCGCCCAGGUGUUCGCGGCGCUGCACGCCACUAGCGGCUGUGAUUGAAGCGUUUUUUGCACGGAUGUCGUUUUCUGUAUAUUUUGAGCAAAUUAGCAAUUGUUAGAAUUAUUUGACUGCUUUUAAUGGUUAUGAAAAAUGAUUAAAAAAAAACCCCAGAUCACCUGCCUCUUUUACCUGCUGUACGUGACCGUACUGAACUCGCUUGAAAUUUUACUUUAAGGCUUAUCAAUAUUUCAUGAGAAAUGAUUUCUUAUACCAUUGCCUUUUCUUUGUUUCCCAUGGAACACAUGGUAGAUAUGCUUUAUGUAUUUUAUAGUGUAGAUUUAAGAUAUUUAAGAACAGUUCAGUGACAGUGUUCUUGAUUUUAUCUUGUAUUUUGUGAACAAAUAAAUCCUGGGAGAUUACUGCACAUCAUCCACUCCGUUACGAGGAUGACAUGAACUUGUAAUUAUAAUUUCAAACCAAGAUCACUAUUUAUGCUUAUGUGAAAUGCAAAGUCUAUAACAUGUAUUAGCUUGGUGUGUCAAGUAUAUUUUUGUUCAUUUUUAAAAAAAAAUAAGAAAUCCAAACUAGAAUCACUGUAUAUAAUUGCAUUUCUUAAAUAUGUUGAUUUCCUAACUUAAUAAAAAUAUUGCCAUUCAA